AUGAGAGGAGCAGCUCCGCCAACUGCGCGCACUGAGCCGAGCAGCCACUUGCUGCAGAGUGGAUGCAGCUCUGGUCCUCCGGCCGCGGCUCAGGCUCCGAGGAUGGAUCUCUGCCACUUCGCCUUCCUGUGCGGGGCUCUGGUGCUGCUCUGGGAUCUGCCCUGCUGCAGGACUCUUGCUAUUUUCCCUCCAGCUCCUCCGAAGAGCAGCCUGGUGGCGAAGAUUUUUGACGGACAAGAAAAGUACUUCAAGGAGCUUUACGCGCCGCCGUCACUGGACAGAAACAACAAGGCGACAUCCAAAGACUCCGUCGAGCCUCACGACUACAUGCUGUCCAUCUAUAAAACCUUCUCCACGGCGGAGAAGCUGGGGCUGAACGCCAGCUUUUUUCGCUCUUCGAAGGCUGCAAACACUAUUGCGAGUUUCGUGGACACUGGAGAAGAUGACCUCCCACUCUCCCCUCUGAGGAGGCAGCAGUAUCUGUUCGAUGUCUCAACCCUGUCGGAGAAAGCCGAGGUUCUGGGAGCCGAGCUCAGGAUUUACACCAAAGUGUCUGGGAAUUUCAGGAUUUCGGAAACGGAGCCCGUCGACGUCCAGCUGCUCUCCUGCCACGACCAGCAGCUGCUCGACUCCAGAACUCUGGACCUGCAGGACUCCCACCGGCCCAAGUGGGAGGUCCUGGACGUGUGGGAGAUAUUCAGAGAGCGGCAGCACCUGAGCCACGGGAAGCACUUCUGCCUGGAGCUCAGGGCCAUGCUGGACAACCCCGAGAGGGAGCUGGACCUGCACCUGCUGGGCCUGCACCGACACGCCAGGCCCCAGCAGAAGAAGGCCAUCCUGGUGGUGUUCACCCGCUCCAAGAGGAGGCAGACGCUGUUCAGCGAGCGGCGGGAGGGCAGAGCGCUGCUGGGCCUGGAGAGGAGGCCCAGGGAGAGGAGCCGGAGGCGCCGGACGGCGGCGUCCAAGACCCGCCACGGCAAGAGGCACGGCAAGAAGUCCAAGUCCAGGUGCAGCAAGAAGCCUCUGCACGUGAACUUCCGGGAGCUGGGCUGGGACGACUGGAUCAUCGCCCCCCUGGACUACGAGGCCUACCACUGCGAGGGCGUGUGCGACUUCCCGCUGCGCUCCCACCUGGAGCCCACCAACCACGCCAUCAUCCAGACGCUCAUGAACUCCAUGAACCCCAGCAACAUGCCGCCGAGCUGCUGCGCCCCGUCCAAGCUCAGCCCCAUCAGUAUCCUCUACAUCGACUCCGGGAACAACGUGGUCUACAAGCAGUACGAGGACAUGGUGGUGGAGUCGUGUGGCUGCAGGUAGUCCAGGAUCAGACUUCUUCUCCAGUCAGCAGAGUUCAAACCGGCUGCAGCUGAAAUCAGGAAAACUGGUUUCUUCAGCCAGAUGGAGACUUUGUGAUACAGUUUGAGACCCAACUGUCGAUACCUCAAACACUUGAAGAGUUCAUUUACAAAAACAGAUCACUCCAUUUUUGUAGAUUUUCAGAAAACUUGUUUUUUUGUUGU